AUGAAAUCUAUUUCAACACAAGACACAAUAAAAGUAUUGAAAAAAAUUUUUUCACGAGCCGGAAAUCCUGCAAGUAUAACUGCCGCCGAUAAUGGUAGACAAUUCUGUAGUCAGGAAUUCAAAACAUUUUGUACUGAACAAGGAAUAACGCUUUUUAAUACGAUCCCUUACUGGCCUCAGCAAAAUGGUGAAGUAGAGAGUACUCCUCAUCCUUCCACAGGAAAGUCUCCAUCCGAGCUGUUCUAUGGAAGACAAUUCAGAGACAAACUACCUUUUUUAACGGACCUCGAAAAUAGUUAUGAUGAUCAAGAAAUAAGAGACCGAGACAUAGAAAGAAAAGAUAAAAGCAAAUUAAACGAAGACAGGAAAAGAAGAGCUGUUGAUAGGGAACUAGAAAUAGGAGAUAAAGUGUACGUGAAGAACUUAAUAAAAGAAAAUAAAUUAGUUUCAGAAUUUAACCCAACCCCCCAUACUGUUAUUAGCUCCGAAGGCAGUGACAUAAACAUAAAAAAUGAUGAAACUGGUCAGGAGUACAGGAGGAAUAUCGUACACCUUAAGAAAGUGGAAGGUCAAUGGAAAGUUGUUGAUCAGGAUAAAGAAGUUCAGAUUGAUAAUUGA